AUGGCACCGUGGCCACCUCCAGCAGCAACCGCGUGCAGGAGGCCCACUCCGCCGAUGACGACCGGCUUAAUGAAAGCAAAUUUAUUCAUUGCCAUCAACCGAAUCAUCUUCAGUUCCUUCAGCAGUGCCGUCUUCGGAAUAGGGACGUCCUUUCUGUGGGCAUCGGCACCGCCAACCGGUUCCGGUAGCGGCUCCAGUUUUAUCGUGGUAGACUGUGCCAUUCGACUGACGCAACGGAACAAUCAUGCCAACAUUUCCGAACUGCUCGAUAAUCUAUUGCGAGGAUAUGACAACAGCAUUCGACCGGAUUUUGGGGGGCCACCAGCUGUGAUUGAAGUCGACAUCAUGGUGCGAAGCAUGGGACCAAUCUCGGAAGUUGAUAUGACUUACUCUAUGGAUUGCUACUUUCGUCAGUCUUGGGUCGACCGACGACUUGCAUUCAGCGGCACACAGGACACCCUAGCACUCAGUAUUUCUAUGCUGGGGCGCAUUUGGAAGCCGGAUACGUACUUCUAUAACGGAAAACAAAGCUACCUGCAUACCAUCACAACACCGAAUAAGUUUGUACGAUUGCACCAGGACGGACGAGUACUGUACUCCAGCCGGCUCACCAUAAAGGCGGGCUGUCCCAUGAAUCUGGCGGAUUUCCCGAUGGAUAUUCAGCGCUGCCCGCUGAAAUUCGGAUCCUUUGGCUACUCUUCAACCGACGUGCUGUACCGAUGGAACAGUGACCGCUCGGCGGUGGCCAUCGCGGAAGACAUGAAGCUGUCCCAAUUUGAUCUGAUAGACUGUCCGGCGGGAAACGCCACCGACCGGGUGGUACACAGUACGGCUUCGGCUGGUGCGGCCGUGCUGAGCACCGUCGAUGACGUGAACGAGAUGGAUCCCGACACUAAGCUGUAUGUAUCGGAAUAUUCAAUGCUGUUGGUGAGCUUCCAUCUGCAACGCCACAUGGGCAACUUUCUGAUACAGGUGUACGGUCCGUGUGUGCUGCUGGUUGUCCUUUCAUGGGUUUCCUUUUGGCUAAACCGGGAAGCCACCGCAGAUCGUGUUUCACUCGGAAUUACUACAGUGUUGACAAUGACCUUUCUGGGACUGGAGGCCCGUACCGAUCUACCGAAAGUUCCGUACCCAACGGCACUGGAUUUUUUCGUCUUCCUUUCGUUUGCAUUUAUUUUUGCAACCAUAAUCCAAUUUGCUGUUGUUCAUUACUUCACCAAGUACGGUUCGGGAGAAUGCUACUUCAGUGCAGAGGAGUUGACCUCGAGCGAGGACGAAGAUAGCGACUUGGACUGCGUCACCGGCGAUAACGUUCACCUUCAUUCCAUCAGAAUCUCCAACGAUUCAUCUAGGCACUGUUCGGCGGUAACUUCAAUCAGUGGAAGCGGCAAAGCGGAUUCUAAAGUGGUUGAAGUAAUUCCUCUUUCGAUAUGUUCAUUUCCGGUUACACCCGUUCGAAAGACCACGAAGUCAUCCUGGGCGGAUUUGUCCUGUUUCAGUGGGAAAGAUGAGGAAGCUCCAAAUUAUGCCAACUCCUCGCUGUCGACACCAACGGCAACUGUCAAGCGAAACUCUAUUCAACUGCUCGCUGGAGGCAAUGUUCCCAGCGUUUCGCAACCAAACCAUCAUCGGCGCCGGAAACGGAGAAAACGCACACCACGCUUCAAUUCCGUUUCUAAGAUCGAUCGCGCCUCGCGAAUCUUUUUUCCGUUACUGUUCCUAGCAAUUAAUUUGUUCUAUUGGUUUUUGUAUCUGUCACGAAGCGAACGAUUACCGCAGCAGCACAAACUGUAA